UUUUCUCGUUGUCGGUUGUUAUUUGGUCGCAACGGCGGUGAUUUUUUUUGAUUUUCUAUUGAAAUUGUAACGAAAAUUGCUGUUCAGUUCGGUUUAUUUGGUUCCGGUACAGUGUCGAUAGUCGGUGCCGGUAAAUUUGCUUUCAUAAGUUUCGUAUAUCAUUGCUGGUGCUUCCAAUAUCGGCUGCCUGGUGAGGUUGCAGAUUUUCGAAAUCGGCACAGGGCGUAAUCCGAGCCCUUGCUCCGAAUAUCCUCAAAACCGGAUGCCCAUCGUUGCCAUCUCGUUACCACCGAAUGUCUGAGCUUGCUCUCGUUACCCCGCAGCGUUAUGGACUCGGAAUACUAUGAUGAUCAACAACAGCAACAAAACCAGCCCAAGAAAUCGGCCAAGCAGAACAACGCUCUGCCGCUAUGGGGAAACGAAGGUACCAUGAACCUGAACCCGCUGAUCCUGGCCAACAUCCAGGGUUCGAGCUACUUCAAAGGUACGUGUUCGAAGUGUCCUUGUUCAAACUGAAGACCUACCAUGAGGUGGUGGACGAGAUUUACUACCAGGUUAAGCAUUUGGAACCGUGGGAGCGAGGCUCCCGGAAGACGUCCGGCCAGACUGGCAUGUGCGGCGGAGUCCGUGGUGUCGGUGCCGGUGGCAUUGUGUCAACCGCCUUCUGCCUGCUGUACAAACUCUACACCCUUCGCCUGACCAGGAAACAAGUGAACGGACUACUUUCCCACACCGAUUCACCGUACAUUCGAGCUUUAGGAUUUAUGUACCUUCGCUUCACUCAACCUCCCGGUGAUCUGUACGAUUGGUACGAGGAUUACCUGUUGGACGAGGAAGAAAUCGACGUCAAAGCCGGCGGCGGCCAGACGAUGACAAUCGGUAACAUGAUUCGGCAGUGGCUUACCAAGCUAGACUGGUUCUCGACUUUGUUUCCGCGUAUUCCCGUUCCGAUCCAGAAGCAAAUCGAAUCCAAGCUAGAAAAAUUUGCUCGAGACAAUAAUGUAUCGUUUGCGGAUACAUCCGCGGAUCGAUACACGAAAAGUGGUGCUCGUUCAUACGAGCGACCUGGUCUGAGUAGUGCUGGUCCUGCCAGCUCUCGAUCGGCCACGGUGAGCUCGGGUCGAGAAGAUCGUUACGGCAGUGGGGAGACCAGCCGUGGCAAGCGAUCCGAAUGGAGCGGGCAUUGCGAUAGGGAGGAACCGCCUCGGUCCAGUGCUAGGUACGAUCGGGCAGAUGACCGCAGAGAUAGAGACCGGGAUUAUGACAGAGAUCGGGACAGAAGGAAUCGCGACAGGGAUUACGAUCGAGGAGGUGGCAGGGAUCGUCGUGAUCGACGAUCACGAUCCAGGGAGCGCGACCGCCAACGGGAUAGAGAUUACGAUCGGAAGUACCGUUGAGGGGCUAAUCCGGCCAAGUAUUCUAUGCUUAUAAAUCAAUCGUUUAAUUUAUUCCGGAAGUAAAUCUCUUUGACGAACGGUUAGAAAAUACUUAACAAUUAGGACUAAUCCAACAAAAUGGUAGCAAAAAUUACCUAAACGAAAGCAUUGAAAAAACAAAUUCGAUGGAUCGAACAAAAUGAUUGCACUUGUUCUGGGAAGCGCUAAUGAACGGAACACAACUCAGUACCUACCUUUGCCCUUUUUAUUCAGUUAGUAGAUGAUAGCAGAUCAAAAACUGGGCUUACUAAAGCUCAGUGCAGCAACUUCAUUACGGGCUACUUUCUUCUCAGCAGUAACAAUAGAUGUACGUUUUUAUUCUUGUUUUCAAAUUACAAUCUCUCAUUUUUCUUAACGGGUUUUACAAUUUUAUCUACUCUGAAUGGGGAGAUCAUAAAUUAUUACAGACAAGCAAUUUUUUCCAAAUAUUUUCGUCGAAAAGUAUCAUAAAACAUUGUUGUUAUUUCGUUUGCCAAUAUUUAAAACUGUUCAAAUGUAGUAGUACUUCUGAAAGUUAUAAACGGGUAGAGAAAUAAUCAAAUAAUCAGAUUUUCUAACAAUGCGUCGUACCUCAAUCCGCUACAAGGUGUUUCUUUUUUCCUUUAUCAAAUUAUAUGAUCAAGAUUACAUUUUUAACUAUUGCUUUGCAAUAGUUUAUUAGAACUGAAUGCAUGGAAACAUGUUUUUAUAAAAAUAGUAUUCAUUAGUGAAACCUACUUGUAGGACAGGUACGACGCAAUAAUUACGAAAAGAUUCUACCUCAAAACAAUAGAAGAAACUUAAAUUGAAAUGUUAGUUCUGUUACACACACACACAAAUAGCAUAACAAUAGCACGAUCGAAAUCGGUCGCAUACUAGACUAACCGUUUAUUUGUUAUUAAAUCUACUAUCUAAUAAUCUUUCUUUCAGCUUUUACCUUUUCUACCUCCUAUUUUGUUCCACUUACCAAUAACCUUCAAUCAUUACCUCUUAUAUCACUUUUAAAGCACACAUAAACACAUUUUAAAUUUCCUUAUACACUAUCAAUAAACCUUAAACAUGUUAUCUCACACAAACAUAAUACACCCUCACCGAUGGUAUUUGAUGUUAGUCGGAUGUGCACCCUACAGAAGUAUCAAUAUGCAAUUCUCAAGCAUCAGAUUGUCUUUGUUUCCAAAUAAUUCAAAAAUUAAAAAAACACCCACAAAUCUGCUAAAAAGUAGUAAGUAGAACUUCCACAAAUAAAAAAAACUAUGUACACAAAGUACUCGAACCAAUCGAUGAGAUUCUACAAACUGAAAGAAAGGUGAAGUUCAAACAAAUAAUUUUACCUAGGCAAAAAGAAAUGAGAAGACUAUGAGUGCUUAAAAUCGACAAUGGCUCAGGUUUUAGAGAAAUUCGUAUAAACUUACAAACCGAACAUAAAGAAACUCAAAGCAAAAACAUACACACAUUCGAAGCUGACUUACACAUGCUAAUAGGCAGGUCAGUGUACGCAACAUUAGAGACUGGAUCAUUGGAAGCAAACAGCAGCAGCAUCCCUUUUUUUCGAACAUUGAUUUUCUAACUCCAGUUUUGGAGCGGAAAGCAAAUCAAGCAUGUUGUUUUUAAUUCUUACGGUCUUGUGUGGUAUGAAUGCGUUUUCCCCGGGGAAGGUGUGGCUUGAGGAGACCACCAACAAUAAACCUGUGCGAUUGCGCCACUAGGACACUUAAGAAGCUUGUAACGGUAGCGUGAGUUGUCAAUGAUGAAGCAAAAUAAAGA